AUGUCCUUAACCUUAUUUCGGAUAGUUUUCCUUGUAGUUAUCCUGCUAAGUGUCUCUUUUGCUGACGAGACACAUCCUCAUAUCGUUAUUCAUGGAGGAAAAGAUAGUGGUGCGAAUAAUACAACACCAUCCGCAGGAAAACAAUCCAUAUCAGGAGACAUUAGACCCAUGAUUCUUUUUUCUCAUGAUGAUAGUGAUGAUAAUGAUGGUAUUGGCAGGACUUUGGAUGAUGAUAGUGAUGAACAUCAUUGGGGACAUGGAAAUUACAAUAGAAUAUACAAAGAAAUGUCAGAAGCUAAAUAUGGAUCUUUCAACGACGAUUGUAGUGAAUCAUCAUUCCCAUAUGAUGACAAUCUUUACUGGAACAGGUAUGAUCAUAAAGGUUACAAUGGAAGAAUGAAACGCCGUAUCAUUUUCAUCGAUGGAUGCACUGGCAAACCAUUCCCUGGGCAACAGAUCGAAUUGCAAGAGAAUGACCAGAUCCGACAAUCCAAAAAAACUUGA